GUCAGUCAGUCAGUCAGUCAGUCAGUGUACUGCUGGCCCUGCCUGCCUGCCUGCCAGAGAGGGGAGUCGAGAGCUCUGCUGGGAACUACAUGGUGCUCAAUUUUUCAAGAUGUCGUCGCUGGAACAGAGGCUGUCGCGAAUCGAGGAGAAACUAAAGCAGGAAAAUGCAGAGUCUCGCCGGAGAAUCGACCUCAACAUCGACAUGAGUCCACAGCGAUCGCGUCCGAGGCCGAUCAUCGUGAUCCAGCUCAGUCCUGCUCCAGCACCCUCCCAGCGUGCAGCGCUCCAGCUGCCACUGGCUAACGAUGGAGGCAGCCGUUCAUCGUCUUCAGAGAGCUCGCCUCAGCACCACCCCUACCCCAGCCGCCCGCGACACAUGCUCACCCUGCCCACACCUCCAUAUGGCCUACAGAAGAGCCUAGAGAAUGCAGAGAUUGACCAGAAAUUGCAGGAGAUCAUGAAACAGACGGGUUAUCUGAAGAUCGACGGUCAGCGGUAUCCAGCGGAGGUGACAGACCUAAUCAGUGAGGGGGAGAUCGGCAGCGGGACCUGUGGGCAGGUCUUCAAAGUGCGAUUCAAGAAGACCGGCCAUGUCAUCGCUGUCAAACAAAUGCGUCGUACAGGAAACAAGGAUGAGAACAAGAGGAUCCUGAUGGACUUGGAUGUGGUGCUGAAGAGUCAUGAUUGCCCUUACAUCAUCCAGUGCUACGGCGCCAUAGUUACCAACACUGAUGUAUUCAUUGCCAUGGAGCUGAUGGGAACGUGUGCUGAGAAGCUGAAGAAGAGAAUCCAGGGCCCCAUACCAGAGCGAAUCCUUGGAAAGAUGACCGUGGCAAUAGUCAAAGCGUUGCUGUACCUGAAAGAGAAACAUGGUGUCAUUCACCGGGACGUCAAACCCUCCAACAUCCUCCUGGACGAUAAAGGUCAGAUCAAACUGUGUGACUUCGGCAUCAGCGGGCGCCUCGUUGACUCCAAGGCCAAGACCCGCAGCGCCGGCUGUGCUGCCUACAUGGCGCCGGAGAGAAUAGACCCUCCAGAUCCCACUAAACCUGACUAUGACAUCCGAGCAGACGUGUGGAGUCUUGGCAUCUCUCUGGUGGAGCUGGCCACGGGACAGUUUCCCUACAAAAAUUGCAAGACAGACUUUGAGGUUCUGACCAAAGUGCUGCAGGAAGAUCCUCCUCUCCUGCCUCUCGGCAUGGGCUUCUCCCUCGACUUCCAGUCCUUCGUCAAAGACUGCCUCACAAAGGAUCACAGAAAAAGGCCAAAAUACCACCAGUUGCUGGAGCAUAGUUUCAUCCGGCGUUACGAGGUGCUGGAUGUGGACGUGGCCGGGUGGUUCCAGGCGGUGAUGGAUCGCACCGAGUCGCCUCGCAGCAGCCAGUGUUACAGCCAUCAGCACCAGCUCCACUCGCUCUUCAGUAGGUAGCCUAGCCCAGCCCGGCGUUAGCUUAGCCAGACGCUAGUCUAGCCUAGCUUUAGCUUUGUCAAGCCUAGACUCAGUCUGUCCUAGUCUAGCCCAGCGUUAGCAGCUAAGCCUAGCGUUAGACCCAGCCCGCCUGUUCAUCUGUCCACCGGAGAACCUGAAGAGCCCACAGAGGAGGGGGAGGACUCUGGAUGGACAGAUGGAGUGAUGGACGGAGAGGUGGACUGAUGGAUGGAUGGAUGGAUGACACAGGUGGUUGUGUUUAUCAGUGUGUUGAAUCUGAACAGGCAGACAUGGGAAGGAAGGAAGACUGUAGUUAGCUUCAUUCAUUUACACACUGUUACGUCUCGUCACACUAUCAUAUCAUGUCACAUCACAGUGUGUGUAACAGCCACACACACACACUUACAUACAAACUGUGUGCGUAUCUUGUAUGUGUUUCUACAUUUCCUCCAUUUUUCAGUAGUUUUUCAUCUACAUGUCUGUCUCCAGCAUUGAUCCAAGCCAUUGGAUUAGUCAACAGAGUAGUCACUACACACUGGAACAAAGCAUCUGCUACAUUAGCAAACAUGAAUCUCUCUUGUACAUAAACGUUAAGGAGGACACAACAAUGUCCGGUGCAAUUAUGAUUCUUCAGGUGUUUCUAUUAUCACACAUUCUCAGGCUGUAUCUGUGUGUGUGCGUGUGCGUGUGCGUGUGUGUGUGGAUCAAUAUCAAGACACAGUCACUGGUUGUUUUUAAAAGUUUUUUCACCUUCACACUACAGCUGUAACACACAAGAUGAAGAAUGAUUUAAUCUGUUAGCUUCUUUUAUAACAUGUAAGGAUAGUAAUCCUCAUUAACUUUGAUAUGAAAUAUGUUUAGAUUACCCAUUGUUGUAUUAAGCACCUGCAUAAUUGGAAAAAAAACAAUGAAAAAGAAUUACAAAAAAAUUAGUGUUGCAUUCUAGCUUUGUAGGAAAGGAAUUGUUUAAGCUUUUGUUUUUGUGUGUUCAGAAUGAUUUAAAUAAGCUUAAAGAGCAAGAGAUGGAGGGAUACCAAGAAGAGAAAAGAUGAGUUAGAAAGGAGGAGCGUCCGACUCUUUCUAGAAGUGUGCGAGAGAAAAGAAAGUAGAAGUAAAGGGGAGUUGAAUAACUGUUACUAGUGUGAGAAAAAAGAGAGAGGUUGGAGGUUAAAAAUGGGAGCAGAGUGCUUUUUCAUUGAGAAGGCAAAGAACAGUAGCUGAUCUUGUACAAAGAAUAUAUACUGUAUGGGGAAGAUGUCAUUACCUGUGGAGCAUUUCUUUACUUCACUCUCUCUGUCUACCUCUUUCUCUUUGUCUGCCUCUGCUGUUUAGUGUGACGUAGUGCUCCACAGUGUUACCAGACCAAAGGCUGCGUGUAGGUUUUGUUGGUGGAGGCCAAGAGAUUUAGACCUGCUGCUGCGAAAAUUUCAGUUUUUGAGAAACUAGACCAGGGGUUUCAAACUACCAGCCCAGGGGCCAGAUCUGACCCACAAGGUCAAUUCAUUCUCAAAUCGGCCUCACAAAUCUUUUUGUUUUUUCUUUUGUGAAUGUUUUUGUCUUUUAUAGUCUUUUCGGCCUAUUUUAAAGUAAUCAUUUACUUUUUCCAGGGGUGCAACUAACAAUUUCAAUAUUUUCAGUAUUGAUUAAUCUCUAAUACUAAUUAGUUUCUCCAUAAAUCAUACAGUCUAUAAAAUGUCAGAACAAUAUAACAGCAGUCUAAAACCUAAUUAUAUACAGUCUGCUAUCAUUUAAGUCAUAGAAAAGCAGCAAAAGUUCCUACCUACCAUGAGCUAAGACUAACAGCACGUAGUUUUAGCGUAGCACACCUGACACCAAAAUGUCUCUUUUGAAACUGACUUUGAGACCCCUGAACUAGAGGAUUGUUAAGAUAAAAUUGAGUGUGUCAGGCUUGAGAAACCAGGCACGCCUGAACUGGUCGAUGUGUUUGAAACUGCAAUGUAUAGAUGAACUUAAUGAGUGCAGGUCUUCAGAAACUGACUAGAGUCCCACUCUCGCAGGGCCACAGCCAAAGCCUGCUAGAUGUACAGACUCAAACCUCCCAUGCCCCGUCACGCACCAAACCAAAUCACUGCUAGACACAGAGAACUGAGGAAUGGCAACGAUAGAGGGAGGAAACUGUUACGUGUCAGAGAGUGAGAGAGACAGAGACAAAUGCGGGAAUGUUGUCAAGAUGGCAGAAAAGAUGAGUGAAAAUGAAACGACAGGAAAACGAGAGGAGAUGACGGAGUGAGGUGAGAGGGAAGACAGGGAGUAUUUAGGGAAAGUAGGAUGGGAAGUUUAAAGAAAAGUCUGAGACAAACUGGAGAUGGGUGACAGAAAGUAAGUGUGUAAAAAAAAAAAUGAGAGAGGAAACAGGGAAGAAAAACAUCAGUUCCACAGGACUGCCGAGCUCUGAGACUAGCUGGUUAUUGUAAAAAGCUUUCAUGGUGUUACACCAACCUACCAAUUAUGAUUUUAGCGAGUGAGUUAGCGUGUCGUGUUUAUGAUGUUUACUGUUCUGUUCAAACAAUGUUAUUUAUUUACAUUGCUACUGCUGCUACUUUUUUAUUGCUUUAGACGCUGCUGUCACUUAUUUUCCCCAAAGGACAAAUACUUUAUUCUUUUUCUUUUAAGCCAAAUAAGUAAAAUAAUGCAAUGUCAACACGUGUUACCAAAUACAGAGGAGCAAGUCUGAAGAGAGCAAAAGCAAGUGAGAGAUGGUUAGAUGGAUUAGAAGAGAGAGUGCAGGGAGGUUGGCUUCACAAAAAGUACUAACUCACACAAAAUAUAAACACACACCUCAAAUGUAACCGAAUGUGUAAUGGAAGUAGUUAAUCAUUUAUAUCCUGACGUCACACUAAACUCUGUACAGUGUAGAUAUGAUUAGAGGGGAUGUCUGUCUGUCCAGAUGCUUUUUGUCACAUCCAUCCUUUACUCUGUCCAUCCAUCCCUCCAUCUGUCCACAGGUCACCUGCAAGCUUGACAACCUUGACAGUUCACACCAAAGGUGUCCACAACUCAACUAAAAUACGAAAGAGCGUUGUUGUUAUUGUUAAGACUAUUGUUAUUGACAAUAUAAUUGAUUACUCUCAGCUAUGAUGUAUAUGAAAUCUCUCUAUAGCUAGUGGGAGAGGGUGGGGUGGGGGUGGGGCGCUGUAGUUUAGCAGUGCCGUGUGUGUGUCAUAUUACUGUACAGGGGGAGACUGUUGCACAAACACACCACAAGGGCUCAGCAAUGAAACCAGCUGGCUCAUCCUUCUACUCAGUGAAUCAACUCACUCUGGGCCUGUAUCAGGAAGUCUCUGGGGGCUACCUGCCUCCAUUGAACAUUAGCGAUCCUGGAUAACUGGUAUCACACACCUGGUUAUCGACUGGCUCCAUUAACUCUGGGUUUUCUAAUCCAGCUAAUCCAGUUGGUAAUCACAAGACAAUCAAUUUCUGUCAAUCAAACUUCCCAAAGCUCUGUCCAGUACCACAGAAGACAGAAUACAGCUGUUUUCUGUGCUGCGUCAACUAAAUUAUGUGUAAAAACAGUGGGGUGUCCCUUUUUAAAUACGUUUGGCAUUGUGGAUUAAGAGUGUAAAAGUUACCUACACUGUCAGGUUUAACUUAUUAAUAUGCAGCUAUAAUAGUCAUUCAUUAGGCUGUUAGUGUGGUAAUCUCUCUAAUCUCUUGUGGACACAUAGUUGUGUAAAAAAAACUCAUCUUUCACAUAAUUAUCAUGGAAAUCAAAGUAACUCUACUGAUACUUUAAGACGUAUAUGUAUGUGUGUCUCCGUUGCUUUUUAUGACUUGUUACUUUAUUGUAAACUCUACUUAUGUCCAUGUUCUUUCUGAAUGAUGACUCCACGUUUCCAGUGAUCUGAUCGGUCACUCUGUUGGCAGGUUCAGAUCUGAUCCUCUGAAGUUAAACUGCUUCCGUUAUACCUGCAGUAUAGGUUACCAUGGUGAUCUACCGGUUAAAAGUGAUCCAGCUUGGCGAUACCAGAAAACUUGAAUUAAGCCCAAAGAUAGCUCGUGACUCUUGGUGAUACAGGCCCCUGAGCAGAUGUGACGGUGAGUUAGCACAACUCCGUUAGCUCAGCCUUUGUCGGGUGUUUUAAUCUGGAGACCAGCGUGUAACUUGGGACUGAUUUAGCUUCCAGCAGUGAACAGGGACUCUUGUUGGUUGGUUGUCCUGCUCUUGUAAACUCUAUACAUGACAGGAUUCAGGGCUGAUCAUGACAGAUCUGCUCAGCCCUUCUGCUAAAACUGUUGUAUAUAGACCUGAAUCUGGUGCUUAGCAUCCAUCAGCUGUACUGCUCUGCCAGCACAGCCUGAGGUGUACUCAUUGGUGCAGUUUCUAAAACGGUCUGGGAGACAGGGCGACCCACUCUCACUACAACGUUCACUGUUCAAACUCUUUACGUGUAACUUGUGUCCAAACACAAAGCUGGAUCCAGUCUCCCACUGUCGAGGUCCUCUGUUUUUAAGCUGAUGUGUAAUUUACACGUGCACACACUCGCUCGACCGUGCUGUUUGCGUGCAUUUCCAUCCAAACACCUGAUUGGGUGACAGUGCCACGCUACACCUCUGUGAAACCAAUCAGGUCAGGCCAGGUGUGCACCUCCUAAGAAUGACUGUGUGUGUGUGUGUGUGUGUGUGUGUGUGUGUGUGUGUGUGUGUGUGUGUGUGAGAGAGACUGUGUGAGAGGAAACGAAAUAUCUGAUUACUAAUCUACACAGCAAUGCUUGCUACUGCCAAUAGUGGCUUCAUGUGUAUAUUAGCUUGUCAGGUGCGAGGCCAGGGGUGUAUAAAAACAGCUACUUCAUAGCGUGUACCUGCGCUGUGCCUUGGCACCGAGAGGGAGCGCACGUGUGUGUGUGUGUCGUAAACCCAUCUGUAAGUAAACCAAAUAUCAUUUUCACUAUGCAGUCAUUCAAACCAUGUCAGCUUGCUUUGAUGGGGAAAAAAAGCCUCCUGUACAUACACAGAUUUAAGGAUAAACUGGAGUUAGCGACAGUGUGUUUUUCUUUUCGAGCCCCCCUCCCCCAGUGUGAUGAACAUCACCGCCUUCAGCUAGUUCACAGAGAAAAGAGAGAGCGAGAGAUAUGUUUUGAAUGAGCUGACAAAUAUUUGAGGAUUGUAUUGGGGUCAGGGAGGGACAGGGGUUAGACUGGGGUUCUUAGUUUGGGGAAGAUACAGAUCAAUGCUGUAAAGUAUAUCAAUUGCAUGUUAUUGUCACCAUUGUAACUGCCAUUGUUUUGUUAUUUUGUUUUUGUUUUUUUCUUCCGAAACAACGGUUGGUUGGGGCGGGGAUGCACAAAACUUUAUCCUUAUUUAUGAUUUUUAAACAUAUAGUCUGUAUUUUUGUUUGUUUUUGCAAAACUGUUGAAUUAUUGUGUACUUAGGAAAAGACACACUAUUUUGCCUUUUUUUAUAUUUUUUGUCAACUUUGCAAUAUACUUUUUCACUUUGGACCCGUCACUAGUUGUCGAGGAGGAGGAGCUGUAUCUUUAUUAGCAGUGUUUGUUAGAAAAACGUCUCAACAUCCUGUUUUCCCCUCAUUCAUGUGCCGUGUGUCUUUCUUUUCAUUUAGCUGUGUGUGCGAGCAGAGAGAGUGUGUGUGUGUGUGUGUGUGUGUGUGUGAUGUUUAUUCGUCUACCAAAAGUCUUUAUUGAUGGUGAUUAUUAUUAUUAGCUUUUAUUUUUGUCCAUUGUAUUUUUUUUAUUAUUAUGAUUACUAUGAUGACUGUUUUUAUUAUUUUUUGUUAUUAUUAUUAUUAUUAUUAUUAUUAUUAUUAUUCAGGGCAAAGAUGACACCAAAUUGAACAAAGAAAUAAAUGGGUGAUCCCAGACAGCGCUGAGAGCUGGACAGUGUUGUCCAUCUCUCUAAAGGUUUCUUUUACCGCCGAGGUGGAGCAAUCGUUUUUCUCACCGUUACGCUGUAGUGUCUGUCCACCUUAUUUAAACCGCCACAUAAAGAUAACCUCUGAACUGAAAGUCUAAUAGUAUUUUUUUAUUAUUAUAUAUUGUUUUCCUUUGAUCAGAUAUCAUGAUCGAUUUAUUUCUUGUUACCCCAGUUUGGGUCAUAAAUUGUGUGCUGUUAUUUAAUUUUUCCCCCUCAUCAUCCCUGCCCACUGCUUUUGGAUUUUAUUUUUUAUUCUAUUUUAUGAUUAUUAUUUUUUAUUCUUUCUGGUUUGUCUGAUGCUGUAGUAGUGAGCUGAUUGGUCAAAUACCAGAGCUAUUUUUUUUCUAAUGCUGAGACUGUCGUGACUUAUGUUGCACUUGUGAUGGGUUUUAUUUUGUUAUUGUUUUGUUUUGUGUUGCAGAUUGUUGUGCAGAGAGGAGAAUAUUGGGUGUUUUCCUUAUUUUCUUUUAAGUCACAGCAGUUAUUUUAUCAAUCAUAGAUCUGUGACACAGAGCAAGAAAAUAAUUCAACAGUGUAUUUUUUUCACUGAUAUUUAUUUAUUGGUCAUUUGUAUGUUUUUCUGGGUUUGUUUUUGUUGUUUUUUUUAUGUGUGUUGCUUUUUUGUGGAGGGCAAACAGGACUCAAGGUGGAGGAGUAGUCUUUCAUUGGCAUUUUGUGUACAGAAAGCAAAAUAUUUUAUUCAACCAUCACACUAACGUACAGUCUACAAAGUAACAGAUUAACAGGUAUAAAUAGAAACCUACAGCACAGUAAGGUGCACUGUUUCUGGCUUUACUGUGGCUGUCCGACUUACUGACAUCCAUUAUUGUGUGUACUGUUUACCCUCUCAGAAGGCCCCAACAAACAAACUGCUCAUGGUUUAAAGUUGAGUAGCCACAGCAUGGUGUAUUUGAACUCUAGUGCUUUGCUAAUAACUCACGGUUAAAGCUCGUAUUGUUUGAAACUUGGAUGGUUUUAGGUAUUUCAGCUGAUGAUAACUACUAUGAUCGUGGACUGAUUGGCUUGUUAUUAACCUGCACUCCCUGUUAGCGAGGUGGGACACGCCUGCUUUGAGAUAUCAUUGAGGUUUGUUGCUUGGUUUUUCUAAAUGCAGUUCUAAGUCUAGAUUGCAUGACUUUGCUAGUUUGCAGGGUGGGGGGAGGAUUGACUUCAGUCACCGCUGUUGCAGUUCAAAGGCUUCUAGUAUGUACGACACCAUGGAUUUAUUGUCUUGACAGUUGUAUCAUUUGACACAGCUUUACUGCCUGUUUCUUUUAUUUUGUUUUUGUUUUUUGGCUGUAUUUUAUCCCCCCCUCUCCCUCCCCUGAGUCUCAUUUCAAACUGAAUAAAUGCCAUUAUAUUGUGAAUACCUCAGGAUUUUUUUGGAGAAAAAAAAUAAUAAAACACUUAAAAAUCAAAUAAAUAAAUAAAUAAAAACUCAUAAAAAGUU